UUAUUUUUCUGCGUAUACAGAACAUACUUUCCUUUCAUUGUAUUCCCAAAAAAAGAAAUAAUAUAUUUAUACUUGCCGAAGUUUACAACUGCAAACAAUGUGUCGCUGAACUGAAGUGAAAGUAGUGUAAUAAUUGACUGGUUCGGCAAACAUACGGAGAAGGCAAUCACGAUAAACGCAGACCAACUAAGAAUUUCCAGCUUGGGUUGAAAGUGUUCGGCGAGUCAUGGAGGAUCCGAAUCGCAUGUUGGCCCACACAGGUGGCAUGAUGGCUCCCCAGGGCUACGGGUUGUCCGGCCAGGAUGAUGGCCAAAACACCGGCAGCGAGAACGAGGUGCGCAAGCAGAAGGACAUCGGCGAGAUAUUGCAACAGAUCAUGAGCAUUUCGGAACAAUCGCUGGACGAGGCGCAGGCCAGAAAACAUACCCUCAACUGUCACCGGAUGAAGCCGGCCCUCUUCUCCGUGCUUUGCGAAAUCAAGGAGAAGACCGUCCUGUCCAUUCGCAACACCCAGGAGGAGGAGCCCCCAGAUCCGCAGCUGAUGAGGCUGGACAACAUGCUGAUUGCCGAGGGCGUGGCAGGACCUGAGAAGGGAGGUGGCGGAGCGGCGGCUGCCUCUGCGGCAGCGGCCAGCCAGGGUGGCUCGCUGUCCAUCGAUGGUGCCGACAAUGCCAUCGAGCAUUCCGACUACCGUGCCAAGCUGGCGCAGAUUCGUCAAAUCUACCACCAGGAGCUGGAGAAGUACGAGCAGGCAUGCAACGAGUUCACCACCCAUGUCAUGAAUCUGCUGCGCGAACAGAGUCGCACGAGACCCAUUACACCAAAGGAAAUCGAGCGAAUGGUGCAGAUCAUCCACAAAAAGUUUAGUUCCAUACAAAUGCAGCUGAAGCAGUCCACCUGCGAGGCCGUGAUGAUUCUCCGCUCGCGUUUCCUAGACGCACGCCGCAAGCGCCGUAACUUCAGCAAGCAGGCAUCGGAGAUCCUCAACGAGUACUUCUACAGUCACUUGAGCAACCCAUAUCCAUCCGAAGAGGCCAAAGAGGAGCUGGCACGCAAGUGCGGCAUCACGGUCUCCCAAGUGUCCAAUUGGUUUGGCAACAAGCGCAUUCGCUACAAGAAGAACAUCGGCAAGGCACAGGAGGAGGCCAAUUUGUAUGCGGCCAAGAAGGCUGCUGGCGCUUCACCGUAUUCCAUGGCUGGUCCCCCGAGUGGGACAACCACACCCAUGAUGUCACCCGCUCCGCCACAGGAUUCCAUGGGCUAUCCAAUGGGAUCCGGGGGCUACGACCAGCAGCAGCCGUACGACAACAGCAUGGGCGGCUACGACCCCAAUCUCCACCAGGAUCUAAGCCCCUGAGGAUCAGGGCUGUGAGCCACUCCCCAGCCGGAGAAUCCCUCAUACAGUUGCGGUCAAAAUAAUGCUGCAUUGAAAAUCCAUCACGGCAGCUUCUUCUUAAUUAUGUAAGUUCUCUUUCGAACGUAUCGCGAUUCAAAUUUGCUUUUUUUGCUCUAGGACCUUGGCCCAAAUGGUUUUUAUUCUGCUGUACUUUUCUUUUUUCCAGUCAGCUAAGUUUAAAGUCCUCUUAAAUUAGAUAUAGUUCAGAUAGACGUACGAGUGAGUAGAAUAAAAAUACGUAAUAGCUAGUUUGUGCUUGCUAGAUUUCGGUUCGUGGAAAACAUUGCCCUCCUGAAAAAAAAAAACAAAAAUGAGUAUAAUACUUUUGUUUUCUGCUACUUUAGCAGGUUAGAUCCUAAAAGGAGAUAUCAAGAACUCGAUUAGGCGGUUAUUUGCGCAAAAAUAAAUGCUUCCUUUCCUUAUUGGUUCCAUGCAAGCAUGUUUUUAACAUGCAAAGUGUAAAAUAAAUACGUAAUAUGUUGUUUAAGCGAUUUUAUUUUUGACCCUCCGAUGUCGGGGUUCAUUCGUAACAUAAAUUCGUAAAAGAAAAGUAACCAAUGCAGAGACUUUUUCUGCAGGACGAUAAACCAUUAGCUUAUACGCAUUAACCAUUGAAGAACGUAUUCAAAGAAACUCAAUUAAACUGGUAGUAUACGAAUAUUUUCACUAAGAAUGUGGGGAGGCACACCAUUUUCAGGGCUAUUAUUUUGACCGCAGCUGUGUAUAAAUAUAUUUUAAUACACUUACCUACAUUUGCGGGUACAUACAAAUAUUGCAUGUGUAAAUCAUACUAUGACGGUUCUUUUUGGCUACAGUACGUAUACGACAGCAAAAUAGUGUUUACUAAAUUUAAAUCUGUACGAAAUUUUUAACUUGAACAAUACGAAACUAAACCAUGUAUACGAUGUAUAUCAAAUAAAUAAAUAAUACAUGUUGUUGUUAUCCGCACACGUCAACUAAUUACAAAUAUUUCAAAUGUAAAACGGAGAAGAUUUCUGAAAAUAUUCAAUGUCUCAUUUAUGUCGCAGGACGAAUUUUUUCUUACAGUAUUCCAUUUUUAAAGUUUGAAAAAAGAAUUUCUCAAAAGCAUGUGUUUUUUUUUUUGUAUAACAUAAAGUAUUAUGUACGAUUUACUGCUUUUAAGAGCAUUUCAAAUUUUAAUGGCAUUGGCUGUAUUAUUUUGAAUAUUCAAAUAUAUGUGCAAUAUAUUGUGUACUUAAGAAUUCCGAACAAAGAGAUUUCUGCACUUCCCCGAAUAAAACUGUUUUUGUGGAAAAAAUUCGCCUUUCGCUUUAAAUGAAAUAUGCAUAAUUUUUUGACUACAUUGAAACGGAUAUUAAAACAGAUUAUUUUAAUUGAAUACAAAAAAACGAUUAUAAUUUUAACUGAUAACUAAUAUAUGUCUUCGCCCGUCUUUCGCUCACACAACGGUCAAACGAAACCAUUCAAUGUAUUUCAGUAUGAUAAGGUAUUGCAUUACAAAUUUUGGAUAACAAUAGAAAAAUAUAUAAAUACACAACUUUACACGAAUAACUUAAUAAACAAAAAUCGAAGUAUUAAUUAA